GUUCUUCAACUCGGGUACUGGAGGAACUUCGCACAGAUAAUCCCAAAUUUUCUUUGCGAAAAGGAUAAUCAAUCCUGCACAUACUGACAAUAAUAGCAGCAACAAUGCUUCUGCCAUGUUCCAAUAUCAACUAAUUGAGAAAACUCAGCCAGUCUUUUAAAAACUUCUACAUGCUCUCUGAGGACUUCGGUAAGAAACCCCUUUCAGUUUUCACCUUUACCUGGAUACGCCAAUGGGCGCAGAGGUGAAAAGUAAAAGCAAACCUCUUCGAAGUAUUACCGAUUGGAGUGCCAUCUAGAAUGCGUUUUCUCAGGCUUAUCGAUUGCCUACGAAGUACGAAUCGGUCUACUGCAGAAAAAAUAAACGUUGUUAAGCAAACAAUGUCGUUGCAAAACGUUAAAACUAACGCUGUCCUAAUAAAAAAUACUAUGGACGAAUUAAAAAGUGAUCUCAAAGUUAUGAACGAGAAAUACAAUAUGCUCUUAGCACAACAACUAAGAGAGGAGAACGCCAAACUUGUGCAAGCUGUGGCAGAAGCGAAAAAAAAACUAAUUUUACUUGAAACACAAAACGGAAUCAAACAAAUAAAUGUACCAUCCAGAAAAAUGUGCACUCAUUCUGGCGUUCAAGCGCAACCAGAAAAAGUCACUGAAGAAAAGCAAGAUUUAGAGAAGCCUGUAGAAACAAAGCAGAACAAUAAAAAACCUAAAGAAGCAAAAACAAAGAAAGUAAAGGAAACUAAAGAACCUAUUGCUGAACUUCCUGUAGAUAUAGGACGAUUGGACUUGCGUAUUGGACAUAUUGAUCAUGUGGAGAGGCAUCCUGAAGCAGAUACGUUGUAUCUUCUAAAGAUAAGUUGUGGUGAGGAUAAACCAAGAACUGUUUGUUCUGGUUUGGUAAAUCAUGUACCAAUGGAAAAACUACAAGACCGUUAUGUUGUGCUGUUAUGCAAUUUGAAACCAGUGAAGAUGCGUGGAAUUGUAUCGGAAGCUAUGGUUAUGUGUGCUAGCUGUGAUAAGGGUGUAGAAGUUCUAAUGCCACCCCCAGGUUGUUCUCCAGGAGAUCUUGUGGAAUGUGAGGGUUACAAUCGCAACCCUGAUGCGGUUAUGAAUCCCAAAAAGAAAAUUUUUGAGACAGUGGCUCCAGACUUACAUACAAAUGAUUCACUAUUGGCUUGUUAUAAAGAUAAAAUUUUAACUGUACCAGGUAAAGGGAACAUUGUUGCAGAAACAUUGAAAAAUGUUCCAAUUAAAUAAAUAUUAUCGAUAUUGAAUAAAUGGAAAUUCAGCCAUUACCAAUUCUUCA